UGGUCCCCUCGUGAGUAUGGCGCACAGGCACAGUCGCCCCCUUGCAACCUCCCACUCUCACAAGCUCAAAGAAUUUUGCGCGACGAUUUCUAUCCACUGGGUCGUCGGCAAAGAUCGCUCUGUGCUGUUUACGGCUGAUCACAAUUGCAUUAGCUGCUGUUGGAUCCCAUUGACUCUUAGAAAGAAGGAAAAGUGAAUUCUGGUCUGUAACUACUUCAUUUUACAAAGUGCUCCGGAUCGACUUUAUUUUGAUUCACGCGUUCUUGGAUUUUAAAAGUUCCCUUUCUCUCUUCCAUGCUGCGACACUUUCGUUAAAUGGGACAUACAAUCGAAGGAUUCAUUAAACAGCGGCAUCAGUUGGAGACAUAUUAAGAUGGGCCAUCAGUCAGUGAGAAGGAGUGGAGUCCAACGGCGUGGAUACAAUUAAAGAAAAAAAAGCUCUUACAAAAGUGAAGAGGAAAGUUCUGGUUCAGAGUGAAUAUAGCCUGAAGCAGUGCCGGGCAUUUCCAAAGCAAACUCUGAGAGAGUCCCUCUUCGGCGAUGGCGUCGAGCCUGACCUGCGCGGGCGUGCUGUGGGCGCUGCUGUCCUUCCUGUGCGCGGCGGCCUCCUGCGUGGGCUUCUUCAUGCCCUACUGGCUGCUGGGCUCGCAGAUGGACAAGCCGGUGUCCUUCGGAACGUUCCGGCGCUGCUCGUACCCGGUGCGGGACGAGGAGCGGCAGGCCACGGUCAUGCUGGAGCAGUGCGGGCGCUACGCCACCUUCCAGGGCAUCCCCAGCCUGGAGUGGCGCAUCUGCACGGUGGUGACGGGCGUGGGCUGCGGCCUGCUGCUGCUGGUGGGCCUGACCGCGCUCAUGGGCUGCUGCGUCUCCGACCUCAUCUCCCGCACCAUCGGCCGCGUCGCCGGGGGCAUCCAGUUCGUCGGGGGCCUGCUAAUUGGUUCUGGAUGUGCUCUCUACCCGCUGGGAUGGGACAGUGAGGAAGUCAGGCAGACGUGCAGUAACAGCUCGGACCAGUUUGUGCUCGGCGGUUGCGAAAUUGGCUGGGCGUACUACUGCACGGGAUCAGGGGCGGUGGCGGCCAUGUUGGUGUGCACUUGGCUGGCCUGUUUCGCUGGGAAGAAGCAGAAACAGUACCCCUACUGAGGGGGAGGAAGAAGCCGGAAGACCGACUGGGACGAGCCAAUCGCCGGGCUGCAAAGCAAGGGGGGGGGGGGGGCGGGUGAACGAGAGGCGGGGUUUCCCACAGUUUCCCAGCAUGCCUCGGUGUGGACUGAUUUAAGGACCCACCGUAGGCCUGUCACUUGACAAUGUUCAGUGAGUCAAAGGGACACACUGAACACCUAAUAGCCAUGCCACAGCAGGGACCGUUUUAUAUACAGUAUACAUAAGUAUAUAUCAAAAAUGAAAAUUGUUUUUUUGUUUUUUUUGGUGCACAGUGUUAUAGACUACUUAUUCCUACUCCACUUCUUCUUAAAUCAAAGCAUUGUAAAGGACCAAUCUCUCUUCCUUUGAGUUUUAUCGUCUCGUAAAAAUCUUUUCUGAAGUGUGCUCUUUCCUACCAUCUCUCAUUUGUUGUUGUUAUAGUUGUAGCGCGUGCACUACAAAAAGAAAACAAGAAAAAAGGAAUAUCGAUGGCUGAAUUGUUAUGGUGGAGUGUGUUUUAUCUGUGUGGUUUUUUUUCUUCAGUUUUUGCUAUUCUUGCCUUAAAUGCAUCAAUACAUCAACAAUACUAGAAAUGCAAUAAACUCCAUAAUCUCAACAACCAGUACUGGCUGUAUCAUAAAUUAGGGCUUUUAUGCUUUAAGAGUCCUAAUCAUUUAUGUGUCAGUAUAUUGUAUGUUUUAGGUACCUAUUUUGUGUAUGAUAAUGUAUAUUGUAUAAUAGCUUAUGUGUUUUUGUAUAAUAACAAAAUAAACUGAAUGUUUUUAUUUGACCAUGUUUGUAAAUAAAUACGGUAUAUUCUA